AUGAGGAAUGAAGAGAUCGAGCGACGACGUUCGCCGGAAAACUGUGCCUGCUUCAUCGUCCCCGGACGUUGCAUGGCAUCGUGUGUUUUCGGUCGUCCACAUGGUCAAAACAGCAAACGGGCGAAACUCGCAACAGGCAGCUGGGAGGGAGCCGCCGUCGCCGCCUCCGAGUAUCGCGCCUACAAGCAGUUCAGAGGCACGAGGAGCAAGUGCAUGCUCCGGUACGCCGCUCGAUGCUGCCUCAGGAGGAUCGACCUCCUGCUCAUCGCCCGAGGAGGUCCAGAGGUAAGCAGUGAGUGA